AUGGAAAUUUCUUGUAGCCUGCGAUGGCUAAUUGGUGCCUUGCUAAUUGUCCUGCCGGCCCUCAACGUACGACCGUGCACCGGAUUCUUCUGGACACGGUACGUACCGGUACAGUCACCUAUCUCGGGUGAUCCACCGAACGGCUGGAACCCGCCGGCCCUGGUGCCCGAUGUGAUCCUAAAUCCGACAACUUCGGGCGCCUCCGGUACCAAGGGACCACAAGGGAACUACCAGGACCUCCAGCGAUUACCCCAGAUUCUCUGUAGUUACGCUGCUCACGGUCGGUGGCCACCCUAUCCCGCCUACCUGAAGCCGGCCAUCAUUGACUUGGGAAGGCAUGUGUUUGCUCUGGACGAUCCGGGCUUGCGACGCUAUUGCGCCACGUACGUACGGAUCGGUACGGUACGGCGACCCUGCUGUGCCUACCCAGUUUAUCCGGUGUACAUUGUUCCGGGGCGGACCACGACCGAACCAUCGAUCGAUACGGACGUAGUCACCGGGAUUACUAGUGUGCCGGAUGCAGAAGAUGAAAUGCCUGAUACCGGGGGCGGUGGUGACAAGGACGACGGUGAUGACGAUGAUGGUGGCGAAGAAGGUGAAGAAGAAGGAGGAGGUGAAGAAGAAAGUGGUGAAGAAGAAGAAGGAGAAGGCGAAGGUGGUGAAGAAGAAGGAGGUGAAGAAGAGGGAGGUGAAGAAGAAGGAGGCGGAGAAGAAGAAGGAGGCGAAGAAGAAGGAGGAGAAGAAGAAGGAGGUGAAGAAGAAGGAGGAGGUGAAGAAGAAGGUGGUGAAGAAGGAGGAGAAGGCGAAGAAGGAGCAGAAGAAGAAGGAGCAGAAGAAGGAGGCGAAGGUGGUGAGGAGGAAGCUGAAGAAGGUGGUGAAGAAGCAAGUGAUGGUGGAGAAGGAGGAGAGGAAGCCGCUGAAGAUGGUGGUGGAGAAGAGGAGGCUGUUGGUGAAGAAGGUGGUGAAGGGGAAGAAGGUGGUGGAGAAGGUGGCGGUGAAGAAGGUGGCGAAGAAGAAGGCGGUGAGGAAGCAGCUGAAGAAGCAGCAGAAGGGGAAGGAGGUGAAGAAGCGGCUGAAGAAGGUGCCCCCGAGGAAAUGGUGCAAUCCUCAAGGCUUGUGUCAGAUAAAAUGGAAAAGAUCGGCUCCAAAAGAGUCCUCGCCGGCGGCAAAGUCACGUAA